AUGCCUGCCGAUCCAAGCAGAAGGAUUACCGAUUUCAGUUCUCCGGAAGAUCGAUGUCCACAAUGCAAAACAGACAGAUAUUUGAAUCCAAAGCUACGUUUAUUGGUCUCGCCUUGUUAUCAUAAAAUGUGCGAAUCAUGUUUGGAUCGGAUCUUUUCGCUAGGUCCUGCGCCAUGUCCGGAGUGCGGUCAUGUUUGUAGAAAGUACGAGUUUGGCGUUCAAACAUUCCAGGAUUUGAGGGUAGAGAAAGAAGUUGAUAUUCGAAGAAGGGUUGGGAAAUUGUUUAACAAACGGGAAGAUGAUUUUGAUUCAUUGAAAGCAUACAAUGAUUACUUGGAAGAAGUGGAAGCGAUUUUGUUCAAU